UCUGUCACUCCAUCCACAACCGCGACAAAUCCCGGAGUGGCUUCACGCAGCUUUGGAGCAUCAAUCGAGGGAGCGAGAAGGGCUGGAGUGGGCUCUUUUGGAAGGCUUUUACGCACGCACGUUACGCACUGGGAUUUACUGGAUUUAAGGAAAUCAUUUGAAGUUUUAUGGAAUAAUAACAGUUUCGCCAUGAUACUAAAUAUAAAGCAGAUCCUGUGGUUAUAUUGUCUCUGUGAAGCAGCAACUGCAAGCGUCGCCAACUCAUUAUCCAUCAUGAAGCCAGUCACUGGUUCCCUCUCCGGGAAGGUUAACCUUCCCUGUUUCUUCUCAACUAUUCCAACCUUGUCACCAGUAAACCCCAACGCCACCGCCGCUUUUUCCAUAGACUACUUACGUAUCAAAUGGACAAAAAUAGAGGGAGAAGUCGAGUCAACAGUGUUAGUGGCACAAAAGGGGGUCAUCAAGAUUGGCUCCAGCUACAGGAACCGGGUAUCUGUGCCCAGUCACCCUGAGGAUGUGGGGGAUGCCUCAUUGACAAUGGUGAAGCUGCUUGCUAGCGAUGCGGGCACGUAUCGCUGUGAGGUCAUGUACGGUAUUGAGGACACCCAUGAUACAGUUAACCUCAAUGUUGAUGGUGUUGUCUUUCAUUACCGUGCCAACACCAGCAGGUACACGUUAGACUACAAGAAGGCUGUUGAGGAGUGCUACAACAUCGGCGCGACUAUCGCCACAUACGACCAGCUGAAAGCCGCGUACCAGGAUGGUUUUGAUCAGUGUGAUGCUGGUUGGAUUGCUGACCAAACAGUGAGAUACCCGAUCAUAAAGCCCAGAAAAGGCUGCUAUGGCAACUUACAAAAUAAACCUGGUGUGAGAACAUACGGAACCAGGAAACCCACAGAGACUUAUGAUGUCUACUGUUAUGUGGACAAACUUUAUGGUGACGUGUUCUACGCUCCUGUGUCCCAAAAAAUGACUUUUGAGGAAGCAAAGGAUGAGUGUAAGAAGAGGAAGAGUGAGCUGGCAACUCCCGGCCAGCUUCACGCUGCGUGGCGACGAGGCCUUGACAGGUGUGACUAUGGCUGGCUUUCAGACGGAAGUGCACGACAUCCUGUCGCUGUACCCAAAAUUCAGUGCGGGGGAGGCCUGCUGGGGGUCAGAACCAUGUAUCGCUAUAGGAACCAAACUGGAUUCCCAGAACCAACGACUCAGCUUGGAGCUUACUGUUUUAAAGGAAGGAAACUGAUGUUCAACCAAACUUCUUUUGUGGACAUAUCAGUGGCCAACAUUACAAGUAUAACCUUCGGUUCCUCCACCUUUCCUUUACUUGAGAGUAGUGUGGUUACUCAAACCCAAACUUCAGAAACUGGAUUAGAGGCUGAAGCAGACUCUGCAGUUGCUCCAAAUCUUCCAUCUAUGUUUUCUACUAGUAUGGUUCCACCUCAACCGACUCCAGUAGGCAAAGAAGAGGAGUUAUUCACUACUGUGGCACCGACCAUUAUGGAAGACCAUGAAGACAUUGAUGAUCUAACACCAGUAGACCCGGACUUUGAUGACUUUAUACAUGAGAAGGUAACAUAUGUUGAAUCCGUUCCCCAACGUGGUGACACAUUGCCAGAGCUCCACUUCACAACUGGAAGUGCUGACGCAACAGAGUCAGUGUCCGAAACAAUGGGAGAGCCAGACGAUCAUUCAGUAAUUGAGAUCAGUACCAUUGGUCCUGAUGUAGUACUACAAGAUGCUUCUCCCAGCAGAGAGCCCAUGUUUGCUGGGGGGGAAACGGAGGAAACUAUUCUGAAUUCUAAUACCACCGACAAAGUAGCAGAAUCAUCUGAUGUGAAAAGCGAAGACGUUUUUAGUGCAUUAAAAACAUCAACACCAACUGAUUCCAGAGCAGCCUCCCCAUUCUAUGAUAGCAACACUGAUGACAUAAAGACAGAUCUACUGGUAGAGGCACUGGCACCCACACAGUCACAGGACCUCUUGCUCAGCACAGAUGGGACAGACACCCCAACCACCACUACCAUUCUCACCAGCACCACAUUUAUGUGUAACACUGAGCCUGGCACUGAGGUGGACAUAGGCACCACCACCCCCUUGCCACUGGAAACAAACCCACAGAACAAAGUCCUAAUACAACAUAUUAUGACACCAGAAGAAAGCCUGUUUGCAACAGGGACGGGCACUCCCAUUCUCAUCGAAGGUCCAACAUCAGAUGAUGUGUCAAUGAGAGUCUUUGACGAGUCCGCCGAUCAGGUGUCACAGCAAAGUGGUGACACCCUCACACAGGUUGACACUACAACAGAGAUUGAUGAAGAGUUCUUCACAACUGCUCCAGUGAUUUCAGCUGUAAGAAGCAGCACCACCAUCGCCCCGGAAAAAACGGUCACAAAGGAAUCGUCUAACAAAGAGACCACUGUCAUGCAGAAGCAGAACACAUCAGUUGCCCAGAUCAUUCAGUCAGAAACUUCUCUGUCUCCUGUUCUGCCUGACCAUGCCACCGCCUCAAUGGCAGAUGGUGAGCCCAUCCUCCAGAGUGGAAACCCAGACUUGUCCCUUGCCACUGUAACUACUGCUCCAAUUGUUAGCUUUAUUAAUGGAAAAUAUGAGAUAACACUUGAUCCACAGAGUCCAGAGGACAAAGAAGCCAAAGGUACCCAGAUUGUAACAAAUGUGAGAAGUUUAGGAGGAAGUGAAGCGUUUGAUGAUGGAUGGCCCGACCACCCUGUAGAUAGCUUUACUCAAUCGACAGAGGGGUUCCUCUCAAGCACAGAAACACUGGGCCUAGAUGAGCUUGACACUGAUGAUAUCCCAAAAGCUGAAACUAAGCCUCAUCACAUUUUACGUGAAAAUGAAGAGGGCCCCACACACAGAGACAAAAGCCCUGCUCCAACUACAACUUCGGGUGACACUACAUCAUUUGAAACCACACAAAAAGCUAGCUCUCCAACCACAGACAGGAUGUGGGAUAUGACAGCUCCUUCUGCUCAUUUGUUUCUAACCGCAUCAACAUCUGAGGAACAUAUGACCAAAAUAGCAGAAGACAUCCUAAUAACCUUAACAGAUAAGGUAGCCUCCACUGUCAUCUCCACAUCUCUGCAAAAAGAGAGAGACGAGUCAAGGGACGCUCACACAACUACGAGUGACUCACAAGUCACUCAGACAGAAAAAGCAGAGGAUCCAUCCCUUUUUACUUUGGCAACUGAUCUUCACACAGACAGAAACAUAGCUAAGGCCACAGUGGAAAUAAAAAGCACAUCUGUGCCACCGGCUGCUGAAGAUUCCUCUCAAGCUUCUCUACAGACUGUGCACACUCCCUCGUCUGAUGAUGCAGAUGGGAAAACAACAAGCACAAAGAGCAGCAUUACAGAAGGAACGUUAAAAGAAUCCGUCUUACAAAUGACAUCAACUAUUUCUUCUGACGCCAAUCUAACAUCAAUGCCAACCUCUACAUUUAGUUCCACCCCAAGUACAGUUUUUAUUCACAGCACUGAGACUUUCAUGGCAGCUACUGAUGGAACUAAAAUCAAUGAUUCUAAAACAUCCACAGGAGAGUCUUCUAUAUCUGGAAUAACAAUGGUCACAGAUACACCGCCCAGCAUGGUCUCCAGUAUACUCUCUACUGUUUCAGAAACUUUGGACACAGUUACUUUAUUGUUACCUGAAGAGGAACUCAAAACUUUAGCAGAUCAGACAGAAGAACAAUCAUUUCUGACUCCUGUUUCUGAUAAGACCCCUGAUGAGGGCUCAGGGGACGAAACACCUGAUAUUUUUGUUACAUCAUCUUCUGUUAUAGCGUCAUCUUCCCAAGACAGCACUGACAUAUCCAAAACAACAUCGUUUGUCAGAACAGAAAGUUAUCUGAAAGAGCAUAUGAAUAUACCGUCAAGUUCUCGUGUCUCUAAUGUUACAGAAGAAAGCUCUGUGACAGUAUCUCCAACGUUAUCCUCUACUCCUGGUGAUAUUUAUGAUAAAAUUAUAAGCAGUGAGACUAUGAUGGUUGAUUCUGUUCCUUCACUGAGUGGAUCAAUCUUUACACAUGGGACAAGUUCAUUAUUCACUACAACAGACACAGAGACGUCUGGGGAUAACUCUGAUGCUGAAGAGUCAAGUCUUAUAACUACUAUCUCUUCAAUGUUUAGUACAGAAACACCAGCAAUGACAACCUCACAUGGUGGUGGAAUAAGUGGCAUUUCAAGGACAUUUUUCACUGCUGCAACAUCCAUUUACAGUACUGGGAAGGAAAAUCCAAUAACUCUGGAAAUGAAAACAUUAAGUACAGCUAAGUCUGAGGAAGUUCAAGAUGGUUCAGGUGACGAGACGCCAGAUAUGAUCAUUCAGACAUCUUCUGUGACUGCCACAUCUGCUCUUGGCAGUACAGAAGUAUUUACUACCAAAUCACCGAUUGUAGCAUCUAAUGUUCCAGAAAUUAAGGUGCAAGACGCAAGCACUGUGUCCAGUCAAUCUGUCUUUGGGUCAGGUUUGACACCUGAAACAGAAUCAUUAUCAGUCAGUACUGCUUUCAUAGAAGGUUCUGGAGACAUGGCCAUCGAGCUCACUGCAAAAUCAUUUGUUUCAGCAACCACGUCCACCUCAAUAAUUAGCACCAACACCCAAGUAGUGACAGCAUCUCAUAAAAUGCCUACUGAGCCCCCUCAGACUGAGGACUCAUCCGUACCACCAGAGACACCAGAGAACAUUGGUGAGCAAAGGUCCGAGCUAUCCACAAAAGUGACUGCAUUGCCAAUUUCGUCAUUUUAUAGCACAGAGAAAGCAACAGAUAUGCCACUUGAGGAAAAAUAUACUGUUAUUAAAUAUGCAUCCCUAAACAACACUGGAUCCCCAGAAGAAAUGUCAUAUCAAACAACAAAAAGCUAUGAAACUAAAAUGUAUUCAAUUAAAGAAGAACCUUCAGUUUCUCAGAUGUCAGAUGUGAUGAGCACAAGCUCUGUGUCCCCAAGUUUUUCUUCGAUGGUAUCAUCUACAGUUCCAGAUAUUGAAGAAGGAGGUAUGGGCACCGAGACUAUGAUGGUCGAGUCUAUUCCUUCCUUCAGUGACUCACCUGUCCAACCUGCAAUUGCAUCAUUUUCCACUUCAACAAAUGAAAUAAAGAGUUCUGGAGACAUAGCUCAGGAUUUUAUUGGCAAAUCAAAAAUCAUAACACCUACUGUUUCCUCAUUUUUUAGUACAGAGACACCAGCAUUGACAGCUUUAACUCCAAGGUAUCUUGAAAUUCAAACAUCAUUAAAUAUGGCUAAGACUGAUAAUGUGAUAUUGACAACAGAUGAAACUUCUCUUAUGACCCAAUCAGAUCAAGAUGCUCCAGAUAUUGAAGAUGAAAAUGUGAGCACUAAAUCCAUUCCAUCUGUCAUUGGCUCAAGUAAAACACCAGAAACAGAACCCUUAUCAGUCAGCAGAACCUUUACAGAAGGUUCUGGAGAUGAGCUCACUGGAGAGUCUUUCAUUUUAGCAACAAUUUCUUCUUUAGUGUUUAGCACUGAUAUGCCUGCAAUGACAUCACAUAGAGUAAGCCAGAGUGAGAACUCCUCACUUACACCUGAAAAAAAAUCAGCGUCUUCAGAAAAACAGGGAGAGAGUUCGGGUGAGCAAAAUACUGAGGUGUCUCAAAAACUGCCUACAUCUCCAAUCAUUUCCUUGUUGUUUAAUACAGAACAAACAACAGAAAAACCUCUUGAGGAUAAAGAAGCAUUUUCCACAGGUUCACCUUUCACCACUGACUCCCGACAAAUGAUGUCACAUGAAGCAACAGAAAGCCAUGAACCAGAAAUGCCGUCAGUUACAGGUGAACCUUCAGUUUCCUUGGUCUCUGAUGUGACAAAUCCAAUGUCAACCAUCAGUGGCUCAAGAACGAGUGACAAGGCAUCCUUCUACACUACCAUAUAUACAGAGAGCUCUGGAGAUGGCCCAGAUAUUUAUACUGAAACAACAACUUCUGUUUCUUCAAUGUUUAGUACUGAUACUCUUGCAGUGACAGCAUCACAUGGAACAAGCCAGACUGAGGACAGAUCCCUUACACCUGAAAUCAAUUCAGCUUUCCCAGAAACAGAAACAGAGAGCUCAGGUGAACAAAUAACUGAGGGGUCCCAAAAACUGCCACCAUCUCCUACCAUUUCAUCAUUGUUUAGCACAGAAAAAACAACAAAACUGCCUUUUGAGUAUGAAGAAACGUUUGUCACAGGUUCACUUUUCAACAUCACUGACUCCCAAGAAGUAGUCUCACAUGGAGUAACACAAGUCUAUGAACCAGUUACAGGAGAAGGAUCAGUUACCCUUGUCUCCGAUGUUGCAAAUCCAAUGCCAACUAUGAAUGUACCAACCAUGAAGAGUGUAGUGGCAUCAUUCUAUACUACCACAUAUACAGAGAAUUCUGGAGAUGGCACUGAUGUUUUUAGUGGUCAGUCAAAAAUCAUAACAACUUCCGUUUCUUCAAUUAUUAGUACAAAAACACCAGAAGUGACAACAUCACAUGAAGAUGUGAUGAAAGACAGUUCAAACAAACCUGUUACUACCACUUCAUCCCACUCCAGUACUGAAAAAACAACUCAAAAGGUUCCUGAAACUUCAGGUAAAACUGAGGAAGCUUUGGCUGUAACCCCACUAGAUCGAGAUGGUUUAGGUGAACAGACCCAAGACAUGCUCCAUCAGACAUCUUUUCUCAAAGCCACAUCUACUCUCGACUUCACUGAGGCGCCACCUGCAGAAUCUCCUGUGAGAUUAUCGACUCUUCCAGAAAAUCACAUUGAAGUAGUAAGCGCUGAGCUAAUUCCAUCUGUCCCUGAACCUAGGAUUACACCUGAAACAGAAUAUAUUGAAGAUAUUGAUGAUGGAUUUAUGGGCAGUGUGCUCAUUGAGUCUUUACCUUCCUUACAUGGAACAACCAUGACGCUUGGAAUGGCAACAGCCACAGAAGGUUCUGGAGACAUCAUCAAUGAGUUUACAGGAGAGUCAAAAAUCACACCAACUGUUGUCUCAUCAAUGUUUAGUACAGAGACACCCCCUGUGAGAGUAUCACAUAAAGAAGUUACAGAUGAUAUUUCAAAAAUCUCAGGUACUGUUGCAUCGUCCGUGCAUAGUAUUUUGAAAACAACUCCAAUGUCUCAUCAAAUGCAAACAUCAUUAAUCACAGGUAAUUUUGACGAAGUGAUGUUGACUACAAUGAGUCCUGUUCUGACACCAGCGGAUCAAGAUGGCUCAAGCGACCAAACCAAAGACAUGUUCAUUCAAACAUCUUACAUCACUGCUGCUACUCUGUCCACUACUGAAGCACUAACAAAGCCUCCUACUAGUUUAUCUACAGUCACACAUAUUGAGAUUGAGGAUGUGAGCACUGAGUCAAUUUCAUCAGUAACAGGAUCAAGUAUAACACCUGAAACCGAAUCACUAUCAUUUAUCAGUAACACUUCAAGCAAAAGUUCAGGAGACAAUGUUGAUCUAACUGAAGAUUCAUUAAUUUUAGCAACCCCUUUCUCCUCCAUGUAUGGAACUGACACCCUAGCAACAACAGCACACGGAACAGAUUCUAAACCCCCGGCACGCACAAGUCAGACUAAGGACUCUUUAGUCACCAGUUUUACUGUGAAGGCCUCAAAUGAAGAAAUUACCGAGAUGCCCAGUAAAGUCACUGCAUCUCCAGAAUCUUCACCCUUGUUUAGCACAGCGAAACCUACAAAACUGCUCCUUAUUGAAGAGGACAUGGUUUCUUCAGGUGGAUCAUCUCUUUACAAUACGGAGUCUCUUCAUGGCUUUCUGGUAUCAUCAGUUGUCACUGCAGACUCUGAUGGUUCUGGCGACAGCAAUGAUGAGUUAACUGGGGAACCAAAAAUCAUAACACCUACACCUUCUUCCACGUUUAGUACAGGGUCAUCUGCAGUGACUGCAUCACAUGGUUAUGGAACCAGUGACAUUUCAAAGAUGUCUGGUACUGCUGCGCCAUCCUUUUUUAGUACUGAGAAACCUACUCCAACUGUAUCGUCUGCUCUUCCAAUUAUUGAGGACAUUGAUAAUGAAGAAAUUACCAGUGACACUAUGACGGUUGAGUCUAUUCCUUCCCACAUUGGAUUAACAAUCAAACCUGGAAUCGUACCAUAUGUCACUAUGACCGAUUAUGACAGUUCUGGUGACAGCACAGAUACAGGAGAAGGAUCAGUUACACUUGUCUCCGAUGUUACAAAUCCAAUGCCAACUAUGAAUGUACCAACCAUGAAGAGUGUAGUGGCAUCAUUCUAUACUACCACAUAUACAGAGAAUUCUGGAGAUGGCACUGAUGUUUUUAGUGGUCAGUCAAAAAUCAUAACAACUUCUGUUUCUUCAAUUUUUAGUACAAAAACACCAGAAGUGACAACAUCACAUGAAGAUGUGAUGAAAGACAGUUCAAACAAACCUGUUACUACCACUUCAUCCCUCUCCAGUACUGAAAAAACAACUCAAGAGGUUCCUGAAACUUCAGGUAAAACUGAGGAAGCUUUGGCUGUAACCCCACUAGAUCGAGAUGGUUUAGGUGAACAGACCCAAGACAUGCUCCAUCAGACAUCUUUUCUCAACGCCACAUCUACUCUCGACUUCACUGAGGCGCCACCUGCAGAAUCUCCUGUGAGAUUAUCGACUGAAGAUAUUGAUGAUGGAUUUAUGGGCAGUGUGCUCAUUGAGUCUUUACCUUCCUUACAUGGAACAACCAUGACGCUUGGAAUGGCAACAGCCACAGAAGGUUCUGGAGACAUCAUCAAUGAGUUUACAGGAGAGUCAAAAAUCACACCAACUGUUGUCUCAUCAAUGUUUAGUACAGAGACACCCCCUGUGAGAGUAUCACAUAAAGACAGUUCUGGUGACAGCACAGAUAGAUUAAUGAAGGAGUCAACAAUAACAACUGUUUCAUCACUAUUCAGUACAGAGACACCAGCAAUGACAACAUCACAAGAAUUUCAAAACAGUCAAGUCUCAAAGGCCUCAGUAACGCUGUCAUCUCUCUACAGUACUGAUAAACAUACAUCAGUGUCUCCUGAAAUACAAAAGUAUGUGACUACAGCUAAGAUUGAUGGAGUGCUGUUCACAAGUGGGACAGAACCAAUCUCUGGUCAUCCUGAAGGGUCAGGUCAUCAGACCCAAGAAACACAUACACAGACAUCUUCUGUCUCCUACACCAAGAUGCCUGAAGGAGUAGAACAUGAUCAAACAACCAAACCCAAGAUGCUUUCAUACUCACAGACCGUUAGAAUUAUAAGCGUUGCUUCUUCCCUCAGCCCUGAGAAACAAACACUGGAGUCAGAGAUGCACACUUCUAAUCAAGUAGAAGGCUCUACUGCAGCAACACCUAGUUCCAAUCACUUUAGCCAAUCUGCAAUACCAGGAAUAACUGCUACAACACCUGGACAGUUGAUAAUCACACAAACUCAAAAACUACACAGCACGGAAAAACCUUCAGAUAUUCCGAUCAUCAAUGAAUUUGAUGAAGGUUCUGCAAUCAUUCUUACAGAACAGGACAGCUCACAUGGACAUACAACUGAAAUUUUAACAAAAGAAUCAUCUAGUUUGUCUUUUUUGCCAACUACAGACAGAAUAAUGGAACAUAGCAGCCACUCAGCUCUUUUGAUUGGCACCUCGCAGGAGACAUUUACUAAAUCUCCAUUCUCCCUAAAGCCUUACAUUCAAAUAAUUGACGACACAGAGUUUAUUGAGCAAACCCCUGAAUUGUCUACAAAAGUCACAGGGAAUACAUCUGCAACCAUCUCUUCAAUGUUUAGUACAGAGACACCAGCCCCAUCAACAUCCCAUUCAACAAGAGGAAAUGGCAGAGAUUAUUCUCAGUAUAGCAUUGAGACUCCAGUUUCAAGCUCAGGAGAUGUUGUAUCUGCUGUCACAACUGAAUUGAACCUAGCAACACCAAAACAAGAGUCAUCUACAGAACAAACGACCUUGUCAAAAACCACCAUCAGCCCAUCAGUCACAAUUGAAGAAGAAAGUUUGGGUGAUAGAAUAUUUGCUGUUUCAUCAAGUUCACUUAUAUUUGAAGGGACUCAACCAAUCGUAAUCCAGAGUCCUUCAAAAGAAACCUCCACUUAUGAUGACAUGGAGAUCUCUGGGCUUUCACCCGAAGAGAAUGAUUUAGAGACAAGUUCAGAUGGAUCAGGUGGAGAAAUAUCAAUUGAUACAACCGAUGAGACAGAAAUAGACAAGAACACAAAUAAAUCGUCAACUCAACCGAGCAGACAGUCCACGCCGGAAUCUGUGUUAUCAACCCAACCUCAACAAGCGACUCGCAAUGAGAUUUACUUAACUGAGCAAGGAAGUGGUGUCUUCUUUGAUGAUUCAAUAACUGUAGAUGAGAGUUCAGGUACUGACAUUUUUGACAUAUCAACAACAUUCCAACCAAAAGCAACAUCGUCUGUGCUUGACACCACUCCGGCAGCUACAAGACAAAUCACUCUCUCACCCAGUACUCUUGCUGUCUCUGAGGAUACUUCAACUGACAAGAACUCUACAGAAAAAGUUGUAACACAAAAUCCUGCUUCUCCCCUGUACAUCACGGUGGGCUCAAAAGUGUUUACACCAGAGACACAAACAAGAUCAGAGAAUAAAGAAGAGAAUGAGACACGUGAACAUUCCACAACCAUGGUAAUUUGGAGUACCAUGUCAACCUCUCAUGAAAUUACAUCUACUGAAAGUGAAACAAUUACAGCCUCUUCUCCACAAGAGACAGCAGCAACAUCAGAAAAUCUAAAAUCUGCUUUUACUGAAGCAUCUUUUUUCGACCGUACAUCGAAGUCUACUGCGACUGCAGUUCCUUCUCUCUUCAGCACAGUAAAACCAAACCUCAAAACAUCAUCUGUGGUGGGAUCUGCCCAGUCAGUUGUUACACCUGUAACUGAUGAAUCAACACAACAUUUGAUUUUGACAGAAGGUGAGGGUUCUGGUGAACAAACCACACAGAUGUUCCCUGCUGAGCCAUCUGUGAUUAUGAAUGUUACAUUUGGAAAGGCAACUAGUGAAACUGAAACAUUUGUUCCAGUCACUUCAACCACAGAUGAGGUUUCCUCACAGGAGAGGGAAACAACUCAGGAUACAAAAACUCCGAACACCAUUGAGAUUACACAGUCUCAGAUUUCUAACACUGGUACUGAUGCAUCUACUAUACCAGAGAAGAAAACACAAUCAUCUUUUACAACUCUUCUCCCCCACAUAAUUAGUGGUUCAAUGGAUGUUCACAGUAAGGGUGACCUAACCACAGUCCACUCAAGCAGUGAAUAUAAACAAGUUGAAGUCACAACUCUCCCAACCCCUAUUCCUUCAGUUAUAUAUCACAGCAUUUCAGACCAACAGGUAGUCAUUGUUACUCCCAGUGGCCAGGCCAAGACUGAUUUAAAAGAAAAAACAUCCACCACGUUGCUGCAUGUGUCAAGACCAUCAACCAGCAAAACAAUUUUAUUUACAGAAGAUACAAAGAAUGAAGAUGAACUAUUCUCCCCAGUUACUCACAGCUUAAGAGAAGAAAGCCCGUCUCCUGAGCUCCUCCCGGGCACUGAUAUUAUUAUUGAUGCUGAUACCAUUUCCAUCAUCCCCUCUUCUCCAUUUUACACAACCAUUCAGACAGAAGAGGCAGGAGGUCUCACACCAGUUACAAUGAUGAAACAAUUGGAGGUGACAGAAGAACCAGAGGCUUCAGGAACCGAUGCUAUAAACCUCUUCACUCCUACACAUGCAUCAGCAACCUCUUCUGAAUAUUCUCCAUCUAUGUCUGAAACAUUGCAUGUGGAAAGUGAAACAUUGUCAUCACAAGCCACCCUAGCUUUGACUGUUGCAACCAAACCAAGGCAGGGAGUAUUAUAUGAUGUAACACCAUCACAGCCAUUUUUUUCACUUGAUACUCAUACACCGCUAGUUCCGAAGCACGUGGAUGGAUCACCCACAGCCAAUACAAUCACAAGUGUGGCUGAUGAAACAUCAAGUGCAUCCUCACAAAUGUCUGUACCAACCAGUCGAGUAUUUAAUCAGGAGUUGUCAAAUCCAUAUGACUCAGAUGAAGGCUCUGGAGGAGAAAAAGUGUUCAGCCCUGAACCCACAGCAACAAUAGCAUCAUCCUCUGAAUGGACAGCAUCUGAUAAAAGAGUAACAUCGUCAACAUCUUCACUGUUCAGCACUAAGAAGCCUGAAACUAUUACUGGAGCUGCUACAGAAAAAGGUAUAAAAUCAUCUAGCCCUUGGUCAUCUCUCUACAGUACUGUGAAACCAAUGCCCAAUUUUGUAUCUGAUGUUACUGGCACCUCAAAUAAUGAAACCCUGACCGUUUCAACAGUGAAGCUUGAAACAAUAUCACAUCUAAGUGCUUUGCCUGAGCCUGGUCGUGGGGAGGCUGAAAUAGUCCUAUCAAAUGCCGCUUCAAGACUCUACAGCACUGAGAAGCCAACUUCCUUCACUGAAAUUACUAAGACACAAUCACAUAAAUACAUUCAUGUAACAGAGCGUCCAACACAAACAUCUGCUACUCUUAAGUGGCUCUUCACAACAUCAUUAUAUCCUGCAGCUGUGAAGGGCUCUGCCGAUGAGAUCUCAGAUGGCACAACUGCUUCACCAAUCAUAGUAGCUUUUGAUAGUAAAAAUACUUCUGGCAAUGUAAUAUCAACUCUUUUCAGCACAGAUAAAGCCAUAAAGUCCCAAGACGAUGGAAUAAAUGAUGUAACCACAAUGCUAGAUGAAGCAGUAUUUUUAGAAACUGUUUCACCUUUCUCUGACAAGAUGAUAGUCAACCCAUCACAGAAUGAGAGCACAAUAGACCACAUUGCAUCUUCAUUUGCAAAGGACUCAUUUUCUACAUCAACAGUGCCUUCUGUAGAAAGCACCUCUCAAUUUGACCCACUUAUCCAAUUUGUUACCACUUUUGUUCCAGAAUUAGACACAUCCCCAUCUGAGAUAUCCUUGCAACAUGCAAUGUCUGAGAUUGCAUCUACUCAUCAUUCCAGUAUUGCUCAGAGUGUCAUAGCCACCACAAGCCCAAUGUUUCCCAUUGAAGGGUCAAGUCAGUAUUUCAGACCUAGUGGCAUGCUUACUCAGACUGAAGUAGAAGAUAAUACAUUUGAGCCCUCACCGACUAUUGUUUACAUAACUUCCCCUCAUUCCCCUGAAAUGCUAUAUUCCAAAGCAACAGCCUUUCCUGAUGUUGAAUCUGAAACACCUCCACAAUCUAUUCAGUCUGAAAAACCACAGGAAGAAGCUUCUCAGACAGAAUCUGAUUCAUUUGACACAACUCCUGAACGCCACAUUGAAAAAAUCCUACAUGGAAUAACUGAAUCACUUCCAGUGCAACCAGAAAAUACCUCAUCACCAAUGUUCUCUUCACUGUCAAGCCCUACAACUCCACCAGCAGCUACCAUUUUAGAUGUUACUCAACAAUUAUCUUCUGCUGAAACUGUGAAUUCAACUACAGGGGCACCACAUACAGCUGCUGUAAGUUCAGGUUCCUCAGAGAGUGAGCAUGCUUCUGCAUCAACAGAAAAAAGUUUAAUCACAUCAACAGAAGAAAUGGGUUCAGAGUUCACAAUAUCAAGCGUUUACAAUGCAGACAUUGCUAGUCCAACAUCAACUCAGACAGGGUUAUCUUUAUAUGAAGCAACAUCUGGUUUUACAUCUACUGAGACUUCCAUGACAGUGGGUUAUUCAACGCAGUCCCCUGAUAUGUCCCUAAGUUCUAUUAAGUCAGGCUCACAGGAUGUUGAGAAUAAGGAGACACAAUACACUGAAAUAACAAGCACACCAGAACCUACUAGUAUAACAGGUACUGAAGAGACCUCUACCGACUACCAAGUGAUGGCUACGCAAAUACCAGCAGAGCACAUUUCAGAUAUCCCUUUUGGAUCAAUACCUUCACAGGAAGGUAUUUUGGUACAAUAUGUCUCAACCUUUCCUCCCAAACCAAAUCUUACACUCCCCCAGAAUCAUUAUGUCACCACUAUGUCACCCUCCAUCUUUACAACUGGAGGAGGGAAAGAAAUAGUCACUUCUGAGGGUCUGCCCAGAAAGUUGAUCACCACAGCAAAACCAGGAUCAGAUGAAAUUCAGACAGUGUUCAAGGUAGCUGCUACCACCACUGCAUCAAAAGUGGAGUCAGCUAAAGUUCAAAGCACUGGUACAGAGGAGGUUGCAUACAAGACAGAACGAUCUACAAUACCCCCACCAGACCAGGCGUUCACAACAGUGACACCGGCUGAAACUCCAAGCCAGAACAUACUAUCAGGCAUAUCAGUGGCCCACACCCAACUGCUCUCUGGCAAGGAUGACAAACCCGACAUAAAAGCACCUCCGUCGCUCACUGGAGGAGAAUCACAUAUCACAGGGGAGGGCAGUACUUUGCUUCCUGAUGCGGAACGUGACCUGGGGCUGACCAUUGUAGGAGAGAUUCUAGGAAUUGACACCUGUACUGAAAACAUUUGUCUGAAUGGAGGAUCUUGCCUCAUGAGUGGCAGCAUCCUAACAUGUAGCUGUGCACCUGGUUAUGGCAGUGAUCACUGUGAAACAGACAUUGAUGAAUGCCAGUCCAACCCUUGCCGCAAUGGAGGUACAUGUGUAGAUGGGAUGGCUUGCUUCACAUGUGUUUGCCUCCCGAGCUACUCUGGGCUGUUUUGUGAGGAGGAUACAGAGGCAUGUGAAUAUGGCUGGCACAAGUUUCAGGGCCAGUGCUACAAAUAUAUCCCCAGGAGAAGAAACUGGGAUACAGCGGAGAGAGAUUGUCGCAUGCAAGGGGCUCACUUGACCAGCAUUCUCUCCCAUGAGGAGCAACAGUUUGUCAACCGUCUUGGACAGGAUUACCAGUGGAUUGGCCUGAAUGAUAAAAUGUUUGAUAGUGACUUCCGCUGGACUGAUGGGAGCCCCACGCACUAUGAAAACUGGAGGCCCAGCCAGCCUGACAGUUUCUUCACUGCAGGAGAGGAUUGCGUGGUGAUGAUCUGGCAUGAAGACGGCCAGUGGAAUGACGUUCCGUGCAACUACCACCUAACAUUCACUUGCAAGAAGGGCACAAUUGCCUGCAGCCAGCCUCCACAGGUGGUAAAUGCACGGACCUUUGGGAGACAACAUGAACGCUACGAGGUCAACUCGUUGGUCAGGUACCGUUGCAGCACAGGAUACAUUCAGAGGCACCUCCCAACUAUCCGUUGUCGUGGAAAUGGACAUUGGGACAUUCCUAAAAUCACCUGCAUGAACCCAUCCAACUAUCAAAGAAGCUUCUUUAGAAAACAUCAACACAAAAAUCUGUACAGCAUCAACAACUUCAGGCAAUUGCCAGAUCACACCUUCCACUUCUACCAUCAGCGCUACAGGGGACGGAGAGACAAGCCGGAACAGAAAAGGAAGCGAGUGUGAUUACCAAUACAGUAUACUGUAUGCGGUUCUAGAACAAAUCAAUUACUUGUGUGUGGAAUAUAAGGAACAAGCACAAGAGAAUAUGAACAAUCUUAAGAGGACCUGCAUUCUGGAAGACAACGGAAUCUAACGAAGUGCGUCUUAAAGGAGAGGACUUUUUCUAUUGAGAGACAAUGUUUUCUAAUGUUGCCUACGUGGAGAGAAACUUUGAACUAGCUACUGGAAAUGUUUUAAAAAGUAGACUUUUUUUUUUAGGUUAUCAAACAAUGCAACAACGACUGUUGCAUUCUGACAUGACUGUUACUCAAUUCCAUCUGAGCUAUUUCAAAUUGCCAGAAGUGGUCCUUAAUCAAAGAAAAAAAAGACGUUGUGAAUAUAUAGCGCUUACGUUAUGUAAAUGACAUUUUUAUGCUAUCGUGCUGUUUUACAAUGUUGACUUUUCGGAGCAGAGUUAGCAGUGUCAGUGGUGAUUAAUCAUACAAAGAAGUUGGUGUUGCCUUCUUAUAACUGUCAACCAGUCUAAUAAUUUUGAAUUAAAAUCAAUUGACCUCUUUUAUAUUGAACCAAAUAGUGGAGGCAGCUUUCAAAGGUACCAACCGGACCCCCAACAUUUUUUUUUCUUCUAUUGAACAGACUUCUAUAUAGAGAAUAAAUGAUAUUUUAUUUUGUAGGUAUGGUCUGAGCAGCCUUGAUAGAGCUGUUGCACACCAAUAAAACCUUUUUAAACCAAUGGGCAUCGAUACCUACCAAUGGCUUUAUAUAAAGGACGGUGUGCACAACGUCUCGCGAGGACAUGUUUACAGUAAACAUAAUGCUGAUUAAAUGUACACACCACAAAACUAUGCUCUCAUCUGCUGCUUCUGAGCUACACUCUGGGAAGGUUUAUGCCUUUUAUUGAGAGAAUGUAUUUUGUGAAACGCUCCGAACGACUUGUACGUUUAAGCAGGGAUGCAUAUAAUUUAUUUUUCAUAUGCUCCUCACCUCCUUAAACGUUUCUACUCUAUUUAGCUAACAAAUCAAUCACACUGAUGGUGUUGACCAAUAUGAUGGGAGCUUUAAUAUAAGCAGUGGACCAAAUAAUAUGGAGGGCCACGUCGGCUUCAAUAAUGCUGUUAUAUACCAUUCAUUCAUUCAUUUUCCGUACCGCUUAUCCUCACUAGGGUCGCGGGUGUUAUAUACCAAAGACAUAAUAAUAUACCAGUGGAUGCAUUUUAUUAUUAUUAUUUUUUUUUUAUAAAGGGAAAACGUGUUUUUGUUUUGUCUGCCUGUGAAUGUCCAAGUGAGUGUCUCAGCCUUAAUGUGCACAUAAUAUUCUUUUAUAUUUAUAACAUUUUGUUUUAUUGUGUCACACUGUGAAUGUCUGGGAUGUUUGUGUUUUUAGUUUUUUGAAAAACAGGUAAGCCUGUUCACUCUCUGCUUUAAGUCACAAAAGAAAUAAAAUGGAAUAUAUGAAUAUGAUGAGCAGAUUUUAUUUCCUAAGAGAAAAUGAGAAAAUGACUGAAGAGAAGGAAUUGAGAGACAAUGUUGUGGUUGUACCAGCAGGUAGCACUGUUAAUCAAUUCUUUGUAUCGCCAUUGAGGGGGAGAAAGGUUUUUCAUUUCUGGCAGUA